UUUCGCCUUCUCUCUCUAUUGAGUCGAAGUUAAGCCGAACUCAAAGCACACGGAUACAAUGCAAUAAUGUGCGUAAGUGGAGGGGCUGAUUUUCGGUGGCUCCCGUCACAGUAUACUGUGCUGAUUGUGCUUCCGUCCUCAAUCUGGCAUCUUUGAGUUCAUGUCGUGAUGAACGUAAGCAACAUUUGUGAAGUUAGCCGAUAUCAGUCUUGGAUAUUUCGAUUCAUACAAAUCCAUAUCCAAAUUUCAAGAGACGAUUGUACCUCAAGUCUGAAGUUUAAUAAUUUACAUUUACACGUGGUCAGAAGUCAGAAUUAAAUGAUAUUUGCAUUAUUUAUCACACAUUUCUAACUUUAUUCAAGUGAGCUGAGAUAUUUCUAAAAUAUUGAAGACGAGAGAACAUUAUAAACGAUGGAGACGUUAACUGAACCUGUUCGUCAAGAGGCAAUGAUAUUAUGUUGUAUGUGCGGUGUUAGCAUUGAACCGAAUCCAACAAAUAUGUGUGUUGCAUGUUUGCGCACACAAGUUGACGUUACUGAAAAUAUUCCAAAACAAGCCACAAUUCAGUUUUGCAGAAGCUGCGAAAGAUAUUUGCAACCACCUGCAGAGUGGAUUCAUGCAGCAUUGGAAUCCAGAGAAUUGUUAACGUUAUGCUUGAAAAAAUUGAAAAGUUUAAACAGAGUGAAAUUAAUUGAUGCAGGAUUCGUUUGGACAGAGCCACACUCUAUGAGACUAAAGGUAAAAUUGACAGUGCAAGCUGAAGUAAUGGGUGGUGCAGUCUUGCAACAAGUAUUCAUAGUUGAAUACAUAGUAAACCAUCAGAUGUGUGAUGAUUGCCAUAGAAUAGAAGCAAAAGAUUACUGGCGUGCCUUGGUACAAGUACGGCAAAAGGCUACAAACAAGAAAACGUUUUAUUAUCUAGAGCAACUAAUCCUAAAAUACAAAGCACAUGAACAAACUUUAGGCAUAAAACCUGUUCAUGAGGGUUUAGAUUUCUUUUUUGCAAAUGAAGCAACCGCUCGAAAGCUGGUCGACUUUCUUUCAAGCGUGAUUCCUUGCCGUUACGAUCAUUCUAAAAAAUUGUUAUCACAUGAUAUUCAUAGCAAUAUCUACAAUUAUAAAUUUACAUACAGCGUGGAAAUUGUACCGAUAUCGAGGGAUAGUGUGGUAUGCCUCCCAAGGAAACUGAGUCAUCAAUUAGGAGGAAUAAAUCCUAUUUGUUUAGUGUACAAAAUUACAAAUUCUGUACAUUUAAUAGAUGUAGCAAGUGGACAAAUCGCAGAAUUUAAUGCUACUGUUUAUUGGCGACAUGCUUUUAAUAGCAUCUGUGAUCCAAAACAGCUGGUAGAAUACACAGUAAUGGAUAUUGAACCGAUUAAAUCCAAGGAUAGGAGAUUUUUUCCUGGGCAAGGAACCAUUUCAGAAAAACAUGUAAUAGCGGACGUGUGGUUGGUUCGAAGUUGUGAUUUGGGAAUAAAUGAUAACUUGAUCCACACCCGCACUCAUCUUGGCCACGUGUUAAAACCUGGUGAUACUGCAUUGGGGUAUGCUCUAAGCGAGAGCAAUAUCAACGACGACAAUUUCGAAACACUGAACAAAGAUCUCGUACCAGAUGUGAUCCUAACAAAGAAAAGUUAUGCGCACGACGUAGUAGCGCGACGCAGAAUGCGUGCUUGGAAGUUGAAACACAUGUUAGAAGAUAAGGAAAGCAUGGUCACAGAAAAUAACGACUAUUACGAAUUUUUGGAGGACCUUGAAGAAAAUCCGGAAAUGAGACAAAACAUUAAUAUUUUCAGAGACAGUAGAAAAGUAAUUCCAGUAGAUACUAAUGAACUUUCUGAUCCAAGUUGUCCGCAAAUCACUCUUGAAGAAAUGCUUGACGAUCUCGUCAUUGAUGAUGUACAAGUACCUCAAGUUUUGUAAUACAUUGUUCGUAUAAAAAUACAAGAUAAUUGAAUGUAAUGAAAAAAUUCUAAUUACUAUAUUUCCUUUUAGUUCUUUCUAAAUUUUAGUGCAAUAUAACUACUUUGAUAUGAUGACAAAUUAAUUAUUAUCUGUUUAAUACUAGAAUUAGUUACGUAUCUCUUUAUCAAAGCAUCGCUCGUCUACAUGUCGCAACAAGUGCAUAUCGAAAUACAAACAAGAUAAAUGAGGAUAUCUCUUUAUGAUCUCUUAAUUAUAAAAUCUGAACAAUAGUAGUAUAAAGAUAAAUCUUUAAAUUUAUAAGUUUGUUCAUAAAUACUGUUCAUA